AUGGGUCGGCGAACCUACGCGCUCUGGCUCUUCGCCUGCGCUGCACUUGCCGUGCGCGCGCACGAACAUCACGACGAGCUAGAGGAAGAGCAGCUGGACGCCCCUGUAGACACCAUACUAUGGCUGCACAUGUUCCUCCAGGCAGCGGUCUGGGGGAUACUGUUUCCGGUGGGGAUGGUGCUUGGAAUCACCCGGAGUCGAUGGCAUGUCCCACUACAGAGCGUCGGAUUCCUGCUCACGGCUGGCGGGAUCAUCCUCGGACAUUCCCACAAAGGCCGCCAGUUCUACGCCGGCGCCCAUGGUAUAUUCGCCAACAUCCUCAUCUGGCCGAUGGCGAUCCAACUCGGUCUGGGGGUUUACCUGAAGCUGCACAUACACGAGAAGACGUUGCGGCGGUGGGCUGUUAAGGCUCACGGCGUCGUUGGGAAGUCGUAUCCUAUCCUCGGAUGGGUGCAGAUGCUCUUCGGCGCGAUCACGUUCGGUGGGUAUUGCCGAGGGGGACACAUAAACCAGUGCCUAGCGCACUACAUCAUGGGAAGCGGGUUUGUCGCAUAUGCGGUUAUCAUGGCGAUCAUAUUCCUCGUCGGCGAAACAUGGGUGCGGAGAAGUGGUAGAAGCCCAGAAUGGUGGGAUUCGUGGGUGAUAUUCCUCUGGGGUAUCGUGAAUACAUUUACAGAGCACUGGGGAGGAAGCUGGUCCGUCAAGGAUAUGCAGCAUACCAUCCUCGGCGUGCUAUGGUGGGCCGGAGGCAUGCUCGGCAUCUUCUUGUCGCGCAACAACCAGCGAAGCGUCGUACCGUCGCUCAUCGUCAUCCUCACCGGUUGGGCCAUGUCCGAGCACGCCCAAGCUCUGAUGAUCUCCACCAAGGUUCAUGCAGCGUUUGGUGGUGUGCUUAUGCUCGCGGGUCUCACCCGGAUCAUCGAGAUCUGCUCCUUCAUGCCAUUUUACGCUCCCCUACCAACGGACUCCGUCCUCGAGCACGACAGCAGCAGCGAACACACGCUUGCCGACAUCCCGGGCAGGGACGAGGCGCACAGCUCGAAGACGGCGGCCGGGCGUGCCUUCCGGCAUCUCCCUCCCUUCCUCCUCGUAACCGGCGGUCUCCUGUUCAUGUCAGCUACGGACGAAGAGCUCGAGUUCGUCCACGACAAAGGCAUGGACCACGUCACGUACAUCCUGAUCAUCGUCAGCCUCGCCUUCGUAAUAUACACCCUCAUCGUUUCGCUGAUCCAUCUAUACGCCACGAGCGGCCGCAACGCCGGCUCCUCAUCCAAGGACGCCUCUGGCGCGCCCAUCUCGCUCCAGGAUGGCGCGAUCGAGCUCGCUCCGACGCCCACCACGAGUAAAUGGAAAGGCUACUCCCGAGUACCGAACGACGCGGACGCGGAGGACGUGCACGUCAUUGGAGAAGACGAUUGA